AUGUAUACGGUUAAACCAUAUUUCGACUUACAUGAUCAGGUGAAACCCGCAUCGAUUGUUUAUUCUCUGCCCAAUUAUCAUGCCGACACACCAGGAAUAGCGGGAACAGCGAAUGGCGGAGUAUUAGUGGGCAAUGAACAAACCACGUUGGCUCCGAAUUUGGAUCCUGUUCAGAUGUUAGAACAGAAGCAGUUGGCUUUAAUCGAAGAGCUGAACGAGUUCAUCAACCGAAUCAACGCAGCACUCGCCAACGAUCCCAAUCGGAAGCGCAAAUCUCCUGAUGCAAAUGCACAUCCGCAGACAGCUGCCGUCAAAAACGUUACUGCCAAACAACCGAUCACAAAAACACCAAAAAGCAUAUUCUCCUAUCACAGUGGUCAUCUAACGAAUAAAUGCUCUGCAAAACAGCCGAAAUGCACCGUGCAAAUUGAACUCAUUGAUAACGGUUCAACAAUUCCGUCAGCAACCAUCGGUGAUGGGAUUGUAACAGUAAGUGGUCGCAUUGCAAUUUGGAAGUUGCUGGGCGCAUUGUUGGGUCUCUACACAUUUGAUUCAACGCAUGCAUCCCUAUCGACACACGUCGACAAGUGGCUUCUGAUGGCACAGCAGUGUGUUAUGGGUCGUAUUGGUCAUGAGGAGGUAUGCCGUGAAAUGAAUCCAGCGUUGAGUAGAAGUGAUUAUUUGGCUAGUGCAAGCUUUGCAACUCUAGCCGAUGUGAUCUUGAAAUCUGUGGUUGAUAAGAACGGCGCAUAUUACGCGAGUAAUGUUGAAAUGUGGUUGGCUAGAAUGGGGCAAGCUAUGGCUCUGUGUUAG